AUGGCCACUCAAACACCCUCUUUACCUACUUCCGAAGAUAUUAAGAAAAGAAAAAGAGACAAUUUAUCUUGUUCGAAAGAAGAUGAAAAAAUCAUCAUAAUCUCUUCCUCACCUUCAGCUUCAAGCUCUGCACCCCGUUGGAAACAUGAUGUUUUCCUUAGUUUCUAUGGUAAAGAUACUCGCAAGAGUUUUACAGAUCAUCUAUAUGUUGAUUUAAAACGAAAAGGUAUUCUCAUCUUUAGGGAUGACGAAACACUCAAGCGAGGAAAAUGCAUUUCUCAACAGCUUUUGCAAGCAAUUCAAGAAUCCCAAAACGCCAUUGUCAUUUUUUCACCAAAUUAUGCUUCUUCCAAAUGGUGCCUCAUGGAACUUGCCGAGAUCGUUGAAUGGGAGACAAAGACGAAGUUGAUUACAAUUAUUCCUAUUUUCUACCAUGUGAAUCCUUCAGACGUAAGAGAACAAAGAGGGACUUUUGCAGAUGCUUUCGCCACACAUGAAAAAGAUCCCAAGGUAGACAUCAAAGAGAUUGAUACGUGGAGAAAUGCUUUCAGAAAAGUCGCCAAUAUUGUCGGAGAGCACAUACAUGAGAGGUACGAGUCAACAAUUAUACAAAAAAUCAGUGGAAUAAUAUUCUAUAAUUAUACAAUGCUAAAUAUUCUAAUUCAUGAUUCCCAGAAACUUGUUGGAAUAAACUCCCGUGUAGAGGAAAUGAUGAAGUUAUUGGAUAUGGAAUCGAAUGAUGUUCGCUUCUUAGGAAUUCAUGGGAUGGGUGGCGUUGGUAAGACAACGCUGGCUGAAAUCAUUUACGAUAGAAUUUCUUGUCAAUUUGAAGGAAGUAGCUUUAUUUCUUGUAUUAGAGAAAAAUCUAGUACUCGUGAUCUAGCUUUUUUACAAAAACAACUUCUUUCUAUGAUCAUGCAAGAAAAAAUACACGUAUGGGAUCAUCACCAGGGAAUUAGGAUGAUAAGAAGCAUGAUGCGGAAUAAAAAGGUUUUUAUCGUCCUUGAUGAUGUGGAUAGUGAAAAACAACUCAUGGCAUUAUCAGGGACUCGGGAUUGGUUUGGUCCAGGGAGUAGGGUGAUUAUAACAUGCAGAGAUAGUCAUCUGUUGAUAACACAUAAAGUGAAUGAUAUCUAUGAGGUUGAGCUGCUUCAAACCGCAGAUGCUUUGCAGCUCUUUAGUUUGUCAGCCUUCCACAGAACCCAUCCUCCACAGAAUUACGAGGAUCUGUCUAUGGAUUUUGUGAAUUAUGCUGGAGGCCUUCCUUUAGCUCUUAAAGUUUUGGGUUCCUUCUUAUUUGGGAGAACAAUAGAUGCAUGGAAAAGUGCUAGGGAUCAGCUAGUAGCAAUUCCUAAUAAAGAAGUUAUGAAUAUACUUCAAAUAAGUUUUGAUGGGCUGGAGGAAUCGCAGCAAAAAUUGUUUUUGGAUGUGGCAUGUUUUUCUCGUUUUGGAGUACAGUGGCUAGAUAACAAUUUUAAGGAAAUAUAUCCGGACAUCGACAUUGAGGUUCUCGUCGACAAGUCCCUCAUAAGCAAAUCAUGUAUGGGAAUGUUGAUCAUGCAUGAUUUGCUACAAAAAAUGGGUCAAGAAAUAGUUCGCCGCGAAUGUCCUGAAGAACCUGGACGACGUAGUAGACUGUUUCGUGUGGAGGAUGUCUUUCACGUACUGAAGAAUGAUACUGGAACUGAUGCAAUUGAAGGCAUAGUCCUCGAUUUUUAUUAUCCUAAAGCGAAACAUAGAUUCAUUAACGCCAAAGCAUUCUCAAAGAUGAGAAAAUUGAGAUUUGUUAAAUUCAAUCAUUUUGGAUAUAUAAAAUGGUGUGGAAAUCCUUUAAAAUACAUGCCAACCGAUGAGUUGCGAUUCCUAGAGUGGUUUGAAUAUCCUUCGAGAAACUGGCCGACCAGUUUCCAACCAAAAAAUCUUACUGCACUAAGCAUGCCUGGCAGCCGCUUCAAACGACUAUGGAAGGGAUUGAUGGUUUUAGACAAUUUGAAGUACUUAAAUCUGAGUGAUUCUGAGAACUUGAUUAAAACACCAGACUUGACUGGAGCCCCAAAUCUUGAGAUAAUAGACUUUUCAGGUUGUACAAGCUUGUGUAAGAUCCACCCAUCCAUCGAAGUGCUCAAACGACUACAAGAAGUAAGAAUGUCUGGCAGCCGAAUCAAACAACUAUGGAAGUGGUCGGUGGUUUUAGACGAUUUGAAGUACUUGAAUCUAAGUUCUUCUAAGAACUUGAUUGAAACACCAGACUUGACAGGAGCUCCAAAUCUUGAGAAAAUAGACCUUUCAGGUUGUAGAACCUUGCGUGAAGUCCAUCCAUCCAUCGGAGUUCUCAAAGUAUUAAAAGAAUUGAAUUUAGAUGAGUGCAAAUGUGUUAGAAGACUUCCAGAUAAGUUCUGCUUGGAAUCUCUUGAAUUUUUGCAUCUUGUCGAAUGUUCGAGACUUGAGAAGUUACCAGACCUGAGAAGGUUGGAAUGCCUGACGCAUUUUGAGGCUUGGGGAACUGCUAUAACACAAAUACCAUCUGUCAAUAUGAUCCCCAAAAGCAUCCGUUCCUUUCGUCUCGGAGGAAGAAAGUGGAUGCCGCGUAAAUCAAGAGAUUUGGCCAUCUUCAUUAAUGACUGCUCUUUGCCGAAACAAAGCUCAUAUCCCACCUAUGAUAUCGGAUCACUUGUAGAAGAUGAGAUGGAAGGAAUGCUUGAGAUGAUACGUGGGUGGUCAUUGGGAUCUGUAAUCCCGAAGUGGGUCCACAAUACAAGUAAUGGCUCCUCUGUAAAUAUAGAUUUGGAGGGUUAUACUAAUCUGAAGGGGAUGGGGUGUGCUUUGUUUAUUGUUUGUGAUUUUCAUGAUCAAUUCCAUACCCCACUGGCGACUUCAGUUACUUCGUUAUUCAAGAAACCGUAUACACAUGUGGGUUUUAGACUUUGUUUCGAGACGGAUGAAGGUUCUCUAGAAGAUGAUUCCUUUUACUACCUUAGAUUUUCAGCUCACAUGGACGACGCCUCUUUCGUUAAGCCAAUUGUAUUCUGGGCGUAUAUACUGGUUCCACAAUUUUUGGAAUGCUGGAGAUCAAAUAAUUUGGAUAAACGUCGGAGCUUCAUUAAGAUUUCAAUUACAGCGAAAAUGGAGAGUUUCAACUCUGAUUUUCCAACAAAAGAAAUAGAAGUGAAAGAAUGCGGGGUGCAUUUAUUAUGUCCGGAUGAUGCUGGUCUUGGUUUGGGAUCAAAGUUGGAUUCAUAUGGUCGAUUUUAUUCGGCAUGGAAGUGCGGCAUGACGAGAAAUGAAGAUUAG